AUGAUGUCAAGACAAGCUUUCCUGUGCAGCUUGGGCUCCCUGUACUUAUCCCUUCUGUUCAUAUUCCUCCUGAUGGAUGUUUAUGCCAGGCCUGCCAACAACUCAGCCCUGAAGGAGAAAGCAGCUGAUAGUAAGGAUGAGAAUGAGAUCCUGCCCCCAGACCACCUCAACGGGGUCAAGAUGGAGAUGGAUGGACACCUCAACAAAGAGUUCCACCAGGAGGUGUUUCUGGGGAAGGAGAUGGAAGAAUUUGAUGAAGACUCAGAACCCAGGAAAAACAGGAAGAAGCUCAUGGUUAUCUUUUCCAAGGUGGACAUAAACAAUGAUAAGAAGAUUGGUGCCAAGGAGAUGCAACGCUGGAUCAUGGAGAAGACAGAUGAGCACUUCCAGGAAGCUGUGGAGGAGAACAAAAUGCACUUCCGAGCUGUGGACCCUGAUGGGGAUGGCCAUGUGUCCUGGGAUGAGUAUAAAAUCAAGUUCUUGGCAAGUAAAGGCUUUAAUGAAAAAGAAAUUGCAGAGAAGAUCAAAAACAAUGAAGAGCUGAAAAUAGAUGAAGAAACCCAGGAGGUGUUGGACAACCUGAAGGAUCGCUGGUACCAGGCUGACAACCCUCCUCCUGAUCUGCUCUUGAAUGAGGAAGAGUUCCUGUCCUUCCUUCAUCCAGAGCAUAGCAGGGGAAUGCUGAAGUUCAUGGUGAAGGAAAUCAUCAGAGAUUUGGAUCAAGAUGGAGAUAAGAAACUUACCCUCUCCGAGUUCAUUUCCUUACCUGUUGGCACUGUGGAGAACCAGCAAGCUCAGGAUAUUGAUGAUGACUGGGUGAAAGACAGAAGGAAGGAGUUUGAGGAGGUCAUUGAUGCCAACCACGAUGGGAUUGUCACCAUGGAAGAGCUGGAGGAAUAUAUGGAUCCCAUGAAUGAGUACAAUGCCCUGAAUGAAGCAAAGCAGAUGAUUGCAGUAGCAGAUGAAAAUCAAAACCACCACCUGGAGCUGGAGGAGAUCCUGAAGUACAGUGAAUACUUCACAGGCAGCAAACUCAUGGACUAUGCACGGAACGUCCACGAGGAGUUCUGA